AUGGCUGCCUCUCUCUGCACACUGAGUCUGCUGCUCAUCGCUGGGGCUGUUGCCCAGACCUGCGAGUCCAACCAGCUAAAGGUCUCCUACCCAGCACCCAUCGCGGCUGAUGGCUGGGAGUACCGCCUCGUCGCUCAGGGCAUGAAGAAGCCCCGCAGUCUGCUCUUCGACUCGGACGGCGCCUUGAUCGUCCUCGACGCCGGUGUUGGCAUCCUCCGCUUUACGCUGCAGGACGAUGGCGGUUCUUGUGUCUCUGUUGCCCAGAACGCUACCCUUCUGGCGAAUAAAGAUCUGAACCACGGUCUUGCUCUCUCUGAGGAUGGAAAGACAAUCUACGCCUCCAGCCAGGAGGAUGUCUACUCGUGGGCCUACGAUUCCAAGUCGUCCAGCCUGAGCAGCGACUCUCGCCGCACCCUCAUCACCAACAUGACCAAUGAGGACCACAUGACCCGUACCCUCCUCCUCUCCCGCAAGCAGCCCGGGACUCUCAUAGUAUCCCGUGGCAGCGACGAGGACUCGGAUGCCGACGCCCAGGUGCUCAACAACGGCCUCUCCCAGAUCCGCAAGUUCGACAUUGGCAGCCUCAACGACAAGUCCCGGCCCUUCGACUUCCUCGAAGGCGACGUCCUGGGCUGGGGUCUGCGCAACUCCGUCGGCGUCGCGGAGAACCCCGUCGACGGCGGCAUCUGGUCGGUCGAGAACUCGGUCGACGAGGUCACGCGCAACGGCGAGGACAUCCAGCUGAACAACCCGGGCGACGAGCUCAACUUCCACGGGUACGUCAACGGCUCGGCCGGCUCCCUGGGCGAGACUGGCGGCAACUACGGCUACCCCCUCUGCUACGCCCUCUGGGACACGGACGGCUUCCCCAACAUCGGUGACCUCAAGACCGGCGACCAGUUCCCCGGCGGCAGCAUCAAGACGCUGAGCGACGCCACAUGCAAGAACGACUAUGUCGCUCCCCGCCUCACCUUCCCCGCCCACACUGCUCCUUUGGACAUCAAGUUCAACAAGGAUGCCACCGUGGCCUACGUCUCUUUCCACGGAAGCUUCAACCGUAAGCCCCCCGUCGGCUACAGAAUCGCCUCCAUCAACUUCUCCAACGGCCAGCCCACCUCCGCAAGCGACAGCAGGGACGCCGCCGUCGACGUCCUGACCACCCCGGACCUCGACAACUGCCCCGGCAACUGUUUCCGCCCCGUCGGCAUGGCCUGGGACUCCCGGGACCGCAUGUUCUUCGCCUCCGACUCCACCGGCGAGGUCUUCGUCCUUAGAAGGACCGACAGCAGCAGCACCAGCUCCGGGAACGGCAGCAACGAUAGCGCCGGCGCGUCACUCUUCGUGCCUAGGAUGGUCGUCGCCGUCGGUGCCGUCGUCGCCGGUCUUCUCCUGGCAUGA